UUUGAGCAGAGAUUCACCUGAGAUCACUAAGGGCUCAUACAGAGAAGCAGGUUUAAGCUGUAUAACAGAGCAUUCUGUCCCAGUGGCUGCACAGAUCCUCUCUGAUCCCCAGUGAAAGCAGUCGUGCAUCAGAGAGCUCUCAGAGAACCAGAGGAAUGGAGAGUGUCAGCCCAGGCCAUGCAAGGCCUGGGCGGGCAAACCCCCAGCGUGAGGCCCAGGCCUUGGGGCCUACACUGGAAGGUGUGAGAUCCACCAGGAAGGUGCAGACAAGGAGUAAAGCAGCAGGGAGUGAAAGGAAAGGAGCAGCAAGAAGGUCGAGAUCGGUUUCCUUGGGAAGGAUUUCUUCCACAGACAUGGAGGAUUUGGGAAAGGCAGCUGCCAGUGCUGUGAAAACGCCUGACAGGGAAGUAAAGUGUGUGAUGAGUGAGAGGGAGGGAAGGAAGGAGAUUGUUGGUAAAGAAAGACAAAUGGAAAGUAAAGCAGAAAUUGUAUCUGUGACAAACAUGGAGGGUUGUGUGCAAAAUGUCAGUUCUGAUAUUUGUGUCUUAAAACAUAAAAUGGAAACCAGUCAGCAUUUUAUUUCUCCUGAUCUCUUUGCCUCUAUGAAAUCUGUGUCAGGGGAAGACUGUGAGUUUGCGGGUGGAGAGGCAGCACAGAGCAAACCCAGCAAACAAUCAGGGGCUGAAUAUGCAGCAGCUGCUUUGCACCAUGCGGCCGACAUGCAGUCUCCAGUGGCUGAUUGUGGGGGAGGAAUGGCUGCUUCUAAAACUUCCCCUGAGAGGAAUCAAGCACCCCAUGCUCUGGUAACAAAAACUGCCUCAUGUGCGGGGGGUGUCUGGAGCUGGUGUGGAGUCAGGGGAGGCAGUAGGAACAAACUCCAGCAGCCAUAUUGCUACUCCCUCUGUAGAGAUGUAUAAGAGUCUCACAGGGAACAGCCAUCUUGGUACUCCCACAUCAGAGGGAAACAAUUGUUCUGAUAUAAAUGAACAACCCCAAGCAGAAAGCCUCUUAAAGGUACAGUAUGCUGGUUCAAGUCACAACCAGGAUCAAACACCUACCACUGAUGAACUGGUUGAAUUAAUAAAACUGGCAAAUGAGCAGGAGCUGCAGCGAAAAAAAUUUAAAGUUGAGUUGCAAAAAGCAUUUUAUAACUAUUCCACUGCUGAUGUGGAGAAGCAAGACUUUUAUUUAGCAAAAGUCAACAAAAUAAAUGAAGAGUUCAGAACCUUGGAAAAACAGAUUUUGCAGAAUUAUAAAAAAAUUGGUCCCCUUUCUGAAGUCUAUACAAACAGGAGAAGGUUUGAGGACUCUCGGCAAGCUCUUAAACAGCCGGCUAAAUACAGGUCCAUGAGGCAAAUUGCAUCUGCUUCAUCUACUUCUGAUAGUGACAAGGAGACUAGAAGGAUUGGCCAACUGAAACCAAAGAAAUCAGUUGUUGCUCAGAUACAUGCACCCAAUUUUAUCUUCAGCUUGGAUGAGGCAAAUAAUAUAGAAGAUAAAAUGGGAAAGAGAAGCCAAUCUGCUCAUAAGGAAGAGGAAAGCUUUGUUUUCUCAGAACAGGAUUUUCCCUCCCUUCCCUCUACUUCCCAGAAUGACUGUGCCCAUCAGCCCUCAGCAUCCAAGGAGACCUUCACUCAACCAUCAGCCAAUAAUACAGAGACUUCUGCAGUUGUGCAGAGUGCCCCAAUGUCCUUGGCACUGGGGCAUGGGAAGCUGAGUGAGCAGGAAUUGACGGCAGCUGCUGGUGUGGGAGAGUCUGGGAAGGAUGGAGUGGAUGGAGUGGAGGCUGGAGCAGACUGUGUGAAUGCAAGUGAUGUUAUGGAGUGUGGAGGUGGAGACAUCAGUGAAAGUGUUGCAAGGCAGUGUGUGGAAUCUGUGCUGAGUGAUGUUAAUAAAGUAAACAAAGAUGCUAAUUCAUUGGCCGAUGUGAUACAACCUGUUCCUUGUACCACCCCUUUAAGUACUGCCGCUUUAAUUUCUAUUUCAUCUUCUUCUGCUGUACUCACCACUUCUUCUAUAGCCUCAACCUUUUCCCCAGCCCUUACAGUUUCUCCAAUAACAACUUCCCCUUUAACUACUCCAGCUGUUUCUCAGAAUCCUCUGCCUACAGUGCCCUCCGCACAGCCAAGUUCUGUCUCUGCACCUGUUUCUUCCUCUGUAAGGAGACCAAAUGGUCAGCAGUCAAUUCCUUCAGAAAGUGCAGGCAGCAGAAAUGUGCCCCCACCACCUCCACCAAACGCUUGGAAUAGGCCACUGAAUAGGGUGAGGGUGCCUGGGGUGCAAAACAAUAUCACUGGGCCGGUUUUCAAGCAAAAGAAUGUGAUUAGACUCAGGUGGCAGGGUGAUAAGGAACAAAUGCCUUCUAGAGAUGUGAUAGCCAAGGAGAUGCUGCUUAAGCAAAGUACUUUAACACCUGUAGGCGUCAGGGCUUAUAUAAAGUUUUCUGACACCGAAUAUGACAUUGUGUUCAAAACAUCACAAGCCCUGGAAUUUUUUUGGCAGGAUUAUGACAGCUUUAAACAUUCAGGCCUGUGGGAAAGCUUUAGAGUCAUCUCAAUCACUAAACCUGAGACAAAGAAAGUCACCAUUUUGUUUAAGAAUGAUUGUGUCCCACCUGAGGAUAUUCUAAUAUGGCUUAGACGUCAUUGUAAGGUGCUUACCCCUUUGAAGAAAGACAUUGAUAAUAAUGGAUAUUGGUCAGGUGGGUGGUGUACUAAUGUGGAAUUGUACAUGAGGUAUAAUGUGCCGCAGCAUCUUCCAAACUCUGUCUUCAUUGGUAGUGAGCGAGGGGUGGUUUUUUAUCCGGGUCAGCCAAGGGCCUGUUUCAAAUGUAGUUCUUACCGACAUCGGGCAAGUGCCUGUGCAGUGGUCAAGUGUUCACUAUGUGGUGAUGUAGGACACACCGGGAAAGAUUGCAAUGAUGUGAAAUGUAACUUGUGUGGAAGCUAUGGCCACUCACAUAGGGCUUGUCCAGAGGCUCUUCAUAACAUAAUGGAGAGUUGCCCUCAGUUAGAGGAAGAGAUGGCAAAGGAUUUGUUGGAAGAGAUAAGGGAUGAGAUGGAUUAUUUCCAGUCUGAUUCACAACCAUCGGUCAUUCCCCCUUCUCAGCCUCAUGAUACGGUAAAAGAUCAGUCAGCUGUGGCAAGAGAUGCAGGAGAUUCUGUUCCCCUUACUGUUUCCUCUUUGUCUCAGGGAGCAAAAAAUGAGUUGCCAGUUUCUAUAACAGAGGCCCCCAUCAUUCAGCCUUUGGGAAUACAGCCUCUUCCCCAGAGGCAGAAACCUCUUGCACAGUCUGGAAAGGGAAAUUGUGAACCAGCAGAUAAGGCAAUUCCACCAGUAAGACUAAGUAAGUCCCCUUUCUCACAAGAUUGGACAGUAAUAAAGAACAAAGACCUUUCAGGAAAGCAGUCCCCUCCAAAAUACAUUCCACCUAUGCAAAUCAGCCUAGAAAACAAAUUUGAGCUUGAACUCGAUGAACUCGAAAGGAUAGAUAUGGAAGACAAACAAAGUGUGAAACAGUGUCAUGGUCAGGCUGAUGUGGGUACAGAUAGUGGUGCUGAAGGCGAUACUGACAGUAAGGGAAAGGAGGAAGUUGUUUCAGGGUCUGAAAUGGAAUGUGACAAAUUGCAAGUCUGCAGGAAAAUUGUCUCGGUUGAGUUCAGGGAAGAUGAUAAGGCUUUAUCUGAUGAUGCAAGUGAGAUGAUAUCGUUAGGAGAUGAUGAUCCAAUCCCAUCUGGUACACAGAUUAAAAGAUUUGGUGAUCAAGAUGAUAGUCAGGAUGAGAGAAGGAGUAGAAGGAGGAGGAGGCACAAAAAAAUUAAUAACACUUAACUAUGGCUUCUUGCCCCCUCAGGUUUAUUUCAACAAAUGUUGCAAGCAUUAAAGUGGCCAGUACAAGAUAUCAAGCCUUUGAAGCCUUAAGCCACACCUCAGCUGACAUCAUCUUCUUGCAAGAGACCAGACUGACCACCACUGCAGAUAUCAAGAAAGCAUCAAAAGAUUGGCUUUGGGGUCCAGCUUUUUUUUCAAUUGCUGCAGAACCUGGGGGUGGUGUUGGUAUUUUGUUUAAAGGCUUUUCUGGAAUAUUUGUGCACCGCCUUAUAGAGGUGGAAGUAGGCAGGUGUCUUCUAUUAGACGUCUCUGUUGCAGGACGCAGACUGAGACUUAUUAAUGUUUAUGGGCCUCAGUCUGGGCAUGGGAGAAAAAACCUUUUGAGGGAAAUUCAGCCAUAUCUCCAUACCUCCACUUCAGUCAUCAUGGCUGGUGACUUCAACCAGGUCCUUAGAGCAGAA